CCCCCAGCGCGCCCCGCCGCCGCCACGCAUUUGGCAGAAGGGACGGCCCCUCGGCCGCCCUGUCCCAAGUGCUGCUGCUGUCCCAUCUGGGGCUACGAUUGGGAUGCUGGCCCCUCCCCCCCUCCGCGGAGCGAGGAGGAGGAGGCACCGGCAGGGAAGACGACCUGGCAUUGGCGCUUCAUUCGUUGCCUCCUGUUGCUUUGGGCGCCGGUGACUUUGCAUGGUCAGGGAAGGUGGCAUGGUUGCCCGCGGCCCGCGGCUGGCAGUAGACCUGGAAGGAGGCGACUGGCAGUGUGGAGGAGGAAAGAAAGAAACGGGGGGGGGGGGGGGCGAAGCCGAGAGAAGCAGGACUAACGCGCUCUUAUGUGCCUGAGUGAACGCGCGCCCGUCUGUGUGUGGUUGAGGUUCCUGAGCAAAACGCCACCUCCGCCGCGCGCACAUGGGGGGUGGGGUGGGGUGGGGGGUGGACAGUUCGGCAAAGAUCGAUGCAUGCUGGCAGGCGGGACAAUGUCUUAGGGAGGGACUGUCCCUAAGCAGGCUGCGGCCACUGCCACAAUAGAAAUAGCCAUCCCAGAGUUUGACACGACUCUAAGUGUCAUACAUAUAUCUACACGAAUGGUGGAGAAGACGAGGGGGGGGGGGCGGGAUUUCCUACCUAGACCACACUGGCUUCUCUGGAGGCAGAAUUGCAAAGCUGGAGGCUGUUAAGGAGUAAAGGGGGUUAAUCUGCCCUGUGCGGGGGGUGGGGGGGGGGAGAUGAACCAAGUGCCCUCUCCUUUUCAUUUUAAAUCCUCAGUUGGGGAGUGGGGCAGAGGACAAAGUGUUAAAGCACAUAUGAGAGAGCAGGGAAAACUCUCUCUCUCUCUCUCUCUCUCUCUCUGUGUGUGUGUGUGUGUGUGUGUGUGUGUGUGUGUGUGUGUGUGUGUGUGUGUGUGUGUGUGUGUGUGUGUGUGUGUGUGUGUGUGUGUUGGGCAGCUUCAAUGGCAGGGUGCAGCACCCUGGCCUGGCCUUCUCCAAACCUCAUCUGUAAAAGAAGCAUCUGUCAGAGGCCAACCCAUGUUUUCCACAACUCUCUAAACCCAAUUAGGUGGUUAGUUCCUAUAAGAGGGGGUUCCUUAGGAGCCAUGAAGACCCACUGGAGGCUGCAGCUGUAAGGUGGUGAAGAAGGCUUCAACCCCAGGAUGAGCCAGGGUGGCCCUCUGGCAACCUGUGCUUUUUAAGGGGGAAGAAGAGGAGGCAGGAGGCCACACUCUGCCCUGUUGGAACUCUCUCUCAACAGCAGGCAAAUUGAGAGAGAAUUCCUGUCACUACUGCCAUUGGUCCCCGAAUGCCCUGACCCAGCGAUGGGAAGAAGUUGGGCUGGGUGCUGGUGUUACUGGUCGUGUCACCCCAAGUAUCCGAGAACGCUGCCCUUCCAAGAAGAGAGUGCAGGCCGUGCCCCCCAGCCUUCCCAGCACCCUCCUGUCCUCCACUGGGCACCUUUAGGGCCAAGAACUCCCCCCUCUCUGUGAAAGACCUAAGUUUGUUCCUGCAUCCAUCCAGUGAAGUGAUUCCAUAGCAACGGCUGCGGAGAGCGUGCAGGAGGCUGCGUGACUGGAAAGGGCUGAGCUGCUGCAGCGCAUGGGCCUCGGCUCACAAUUCCAUUGCCUUGAAUAAAAAUGCCAAGGAUGGUACCUGGAUUGCAGUGUGGCUAAGAGUGGGUUCCGUGCCCUGUUUGCAAAACGUGAGACAAUACAGUUGAGGAGAUCACAGGGAAGGUUUUGGACCUAUUCAAUGUAACUGGACAGCAAGGGAAAUGGAGACAAAUCCAUCUGCAGGACGAAGCUUUCCCUACCUGCUGCAGAAUAUCUGAGAGAGGGUCCCUCCCUCCCUCCUUCCCACCCACCCCCCAUCCACCCAGCCGGAGCUGAAGAUCCCUGCUUGGAAACCUCUAAGGGCCCUUCACCAUUUCCCAGGCGUGAAGAUGGUGAUGUCCCACGGCACCUACACCUUCCUCACCUGCUUUGCUGGCUUCUGGCUGAUCUGGGGGCUCAUUGUGUUGCUGUGUUGCUUCUGCAGCUACUUGCGAAGGCGCAUGAAACGGCGGCAGGAAGAGCGGCUGCGGGAGCAGCACUUGCGCACCCUGGAGAUGGAACCUCUGCACUACGAGGGCUAUGGAGGCCCUGCUUAUGGGGGCCCUGCCUAUGGAGGGGGCUACAUGAGAAACCCACCGGGCAUUGCUGUGCCCCACCGAAUCCGCAUUGAGCCGCAUCGCCCCCACCUCCCACCCCCAAGGCCUUGGAGCUGCAGGCAUGAGCCGGAUCCGUCCAAGCCCCCUUGCUAUGAGGAAGCAGUGCUGAUGGCCGAGCCCCCACCACCUUACAGCGAAGUGCUGACAGACACCCGGGGCUUGUAUCGCAAGAUCAACGCACCCUUCCUGAGCCACGAGCAGCCGGAGAAACAGGAGCAGCCACCCAGCUAUAAGCCCCUCUUUCUGGACCGGGGGUACAGCUCAGCCCUUCACCUGCCCAGCUCAGCCAGCCGGGGCCCAACCUGCACCAAUAUCUACCUGGAGUCGGAGAAUUCGCAGCGCAUCUUCCCGAGCUGGACAGACUCAGAACUCAGCACCAGAGACAGCUACGAGCCUGGGCCCUGGCACCUGCCCGUCUCAAUGCCUUUAUUUGGCAGGACUACUGCGGUCUAGUUAUGCCAGGCACGCCACACGCUGUGUGGGACUGUGGCUGCUGGCACAGAAGCAGAAUCCUGGUUCCUUUUGGGCUGUAGGAGGACAAGCCCCUUCACCCAAGCCUUCCAGCCCAACCCAGGCCUUCACAGUUGCUCUUGACCUCCCAGCUGGGCUGAGAUCGGGGCUGGUCUCCCCAUCUUGCCCACUCCCCUUUUUUCUGGGCCCUCGAGAGGCUCUGUUGGUGCUGACUGCAAGGCGGCCUCUGACUUGGCCUAAACUUUGUUUCCUAUUUUUUGUUUGUUACAUUUUGACAAUAAUAAAGUUUGUGGAACCUGAUUUAUUACAAACCUGA